CAUUCCUGGACACUACUGUAAGGCAGUUGCUAUGUCGUCAAGCCACAUGUGCUUGCUCUCUUCCUCGCUUUUCCCUCGUAUUUCCUGCUAAACAGGCUACUACAAUGUAUUUAUGUACUAUACUAGCUUUUCUUUGUACAAUGUUCCUGCCGUCCUAGCCAUCAUCCUUGCCCUGCAAGGGAAGCCAUCUACGCCAUCAUGAAAGACGUCAGAGGUAUGCCUUGUUAUACUUGUAUGUGUAACAACCAUGAAGUACAAACAUAUAUGUAACAUGGAACUCCAUAUAAUAAACCUAAUCUAGAUACAUAUGUAAGACAUUGAUGCCACGCCUUUUUAAAUAAACCUUUCCUUACAUUUACAUACAUAUCCUACCCAUAUCCUACCCAUAUCUUACCCACACUCUCAACUGCCAAGUAAACUAUCUACUAUCCUACCCAAGAUCUAUAACCUAAGAGCAACCUAAGAACUACCAUAUACUUAUUUACACAUUACUAUUAUUAUAACAACUACACCAUGGAGACCGUAAACAACAUGGCUAAUGCUGCCGUAGCCGCCGUAUGGGGCGAGAGCAACCAAAACGGCCCAGAGCCUAUUUCAGGCCAGAGAGGCGACACUUCUAAGGGAGAGCCUUACGAUGCUGGUAACAUUGAAGAUCCUGCAGCUCAAGUUGCCAAGGCAGAGACAAAUGGGGAGACAAAUGGGGAGACAAAUGGGGCACACGAAGAUACCAAAGCUGCUGAAUUUUCCAAAGAAACUGGUGUUGCGGCUGAAUCAAAGGAGACGCCUAACAACCCAUCUACCAACUUGAAGGCUAAGAGCAUACCACAAGAUACCACAAAGUCCCAGAACGACACACGGGACCCCGAAAAUCCGCAGACGAACCCUAAGUCUGCGCCCACCGACGUUAAUGACGCCGAUGACGGUCCAAAUGAGGCCCAGAAGUUGGAUGGGCCUGGGCCUAAGCCGCUCGACGAGGUGGCGCGUGAGCAUGGCGGUGAUGCCGGAAAGCUGUCUAGGGAUAAGGGUAAAGGCAUUGCCGGCGCGGAGCAGCCUUCAGAGAGCAAAGAGGAUGAGGAAGAGGAUGAAGACGGUCCCAAUGCGAAGAGCAAGGGUGAGGGUACCGGCGAGCAGUAUGUUAAGAGUAACGGACUAAACGCCGAUGGGGGUGACUUUGAUGCCACAAAACCAGGUGCCGGACGAGAAGCUGACCGUCUGAUGGGAGAGAAAGGCAUGCAUGUUAACGACAAGCAACCAGAUGCCAACGAGGCUUCUGCUGACGGCAACGAUGCUAAGCACGCCGACAAGAAGGAUAAGAAGAGCAUCGGUCAAAAGAUCAAGGAGAAAUUACACCGACACUAAUCCGGAUUAUCUUGUCGGUUUACGUCUUAUGAUCUCAUGAUUUCUCGUGAUUCCCGUCCGUUUCUUUUACGAAUUUUGCGGAAAGAGCCCUGCGUACUGGGUGUCUCUGGCACGCACAACAGAUACCUAAAGGUACUGUUGAGCUAGAACUUCUUUCGCUUCUGGAAAAAGUUUUUGUAUUGUUAGCAAUAAUAAGUAACCUACGUAAUGUCAUAUACCGUUGAUUCAAGAUACCAUUUAACCCAUACGGAAGAAUUCGCUGAUUAUCCCUAUAUGUUAGGUAUAUGGGUGUGAUCGGCCAUGUCAGUUAUAUGUGCUAUAUUCAUGACAACUACUUACCUAAGUACUCCCCCCCCUUAACUUAAGUGCGUGGUAUUUCGUAUACCCAGAGACUUGACGCUUUCAUCUACUUAGUAAUACAUAAUCCAAGCCGGCGUAUUGGGACCAAUCAUGUGUGAGCUGAGCUCGAGUUAUACAGCAUCAAUAUAUGGAUGUAGGUGGGCAGGUAUCGUAACCAUACCUACAUAGUAGGUAGACACUCAUCUACCCUGCCUCCAUAUCCCACGAAGGAAUCAUCAGGCUCCAAGUGUGUGUGUGUGUGUGUGUGUGUGUGUGUGUGUGUGUGUG